AUGCUUCUCUCAUUCCCGUCCCUCGUCCCAAUCACUCUCCUCCUCACCACUGCCCUCUCCUCCCCUAUACCCGGCAAUAUCGAGCCCCGUAAAACAUCAACAGUCUGCAACGAAGUCUCAUACACCGCUGCUGAGGUCACCGAAUGCACUGAUGCGGCUUACAAGCACCACAAGCAAGGUACCAAGCCUGGAGGUUCCCCGUUCCCACAGGAAUUCGAGAACCUGGAAAGCUUCACGCUUGCCGUUAAACCACCAUACGAGGCCUUCCCAUUGAAAAAAGAGGGUGUCUACACAGGAGGAGAUCCUGGUCCCGAUCGGUGCCUCAUCAGCACCACCAGCGGAAAAUACGCGGGAGUCAUCACUUCGAGCGGAGCAGAAAACGAUGACAGCUGGGUCAAGUGCUCGCGCAGGAGCGUGCAUCUUCUCUUUGGUGGGAAUUGGGUGCCUCAUUCUCCAUGA